ACAAAACAAAUUGGAGGAAGCCCUGUUAUUUUCCGGACAAUUCACAGAUGCCCUGCAGGCCCUCAUUGAUUGGUUAUAUAGAGUUGAACCCCAGCUGGCAGAAGACCAGCCUGUCCAUGGAGACAUUGAUUUAGUGAUGAAUCUGAUCGAUAAUCACAAGGGCUUCCAAAAAGAAUUGGGGAAGAGAACCAGCAGCGUACAGGCCCUGAAACGCUCCGCCCGAGAGCUCGUAGAAGGCAGCCGAGACGAUUCCUCCUGGGUCAAGGUUCAGAUGCAGGAAUUAAGCACACGCUGGGAGACCGUGUGUGCACUUUCUGUAUCGAAGCAAACACGAUUGGAAGCAGCUCUGCGCCAGGCAGAGGAAUUUCACUCGGUGGUACAUGCCCUCCUGGAGUGGCUGGCUGAGGCAGAGCAAACCCUCCGUUUCCAUGGUGUUCUCCCAGACGAUGAUGACGCUCUUCGGACUCUUAUUGAUCAACAUAAAGAAUUCAUGAAGAAACUGGAAGAAAAACGAGCCGCACUCAAUAAAGCUACCAGUAUGGGAGACGCCAUUUUGGCCAUCUGCCACCCCGAUUCCAUCACCACCAUUAAGCACUGGAUAACAAUCAUCCGGGCCAGGUUUGAGGAGGUGCUGGCCUGGGCGAAGCAACAUCAGCAGAGAUUAGCAAGUGCUCUGGCUGGGCUCAUUGCUAAACAGGAAUUGUUGGAAGCAUUGCUAGCAUGGUUGCAAUGGGCUGAAACUACACUGAGUGAUAAGGAUAAGGAAGUCAUCCCUCAGGAAAUUGAAGAGGUGAAAGCCCUCAUUGCAGAACACCAGAGCUUCAUGGAGGAAAUGACCAGAAAACAACCUGAUGUGGAUAAAGUCACCAAGACCUACAAGAGGAGAACAGCUGAUCCUCCCUCGUUACAGUCCCAUAUUCCAGUCUUGGAUAAGGGACGAGCAGGAAGAAAACGCUUCCCAGCAUCAAGCCUAUAUCCCUCUGGAUCACAGACACAAAUCGAAACCAAGAAUCCCAGGGUCAACUUAUUGGUGAGCAAAUGGCAGCAAGUCUGGCUCCUCGCGUUGGAAAGGAGGAGGAAGUUGAAUGACGCCUUGGACAGACUGGAAGAGCUGAGGGAAUUUGCUAACUUCGAUUUUGAUAUCUGGCGCAAAAAAUACAUGCGAUGGAUGAAUCACAAGAAAUCUCGGGUGAUGGACUUCUUCAGGAGAAUUGAUAAAGAUCAGGAUGGGAAAAUAACUCGACAAGAAUUUAUCGACGGGAUUCUUUCCUCAAAGUUCCCAACCAGCCGCCUGGAGAUGAGUGCAGUUGCAGACAUCUUUGACAGAGACGGUGAUGGGUAUAUUGAUUACUAUGAAUUUGUAGCCGCCCUUCACCCAAAUAAAGAUGCAUAUAAACCUAUCACUGAUGCUGACAAAAUCGAAGAUGAGGUGACAAGGCAGGUAGCUAAGUGUAAAUGUGCAAAACGAUUCCAAGUUGAACAGAUUGGAGAUAACAAAUACAGGUUCUUCCUGGGAAAUCAGUUUGGAGACUCCCAGCAACUGCGACUUGUUCGAAUCCUCCGAAGCACUGUGAUGGUUCGUGUUGGAGGUGGAUGGAUGGCGCUUGAUGAAUUCUUAGUGAAAAAUGAUCCUUGCAGGGUUCAUCAUCAUGGGAGUAAAAUGUUACGUUCGGAAUCAAACUCUUCAAUUACCACUACUCAGCCUACUAUAGCUAAAGGAAGGACCAACAUGGAGCUUCGGGAGAAGUUCAUUUUAGCAGAUGGUGCCAGCCAGGGUAUGGCUGCUUUCCGACCCCGGGGCCGAAGGUCACGGCCUUCGUCGAGAGGAGCUUCGCCCAACCGAUCAACUUCUGUGUCCAGUCAGGCCGGCCAGGCGGCCUCCCCACAGGUCCCUGCCACCAGCACACCCAAGAUUCUCCAUCCUUUAACACGCAAUUAUGGUAAACCAUGGUUGACAAACAGCAAAAUGUCAACUCCUUGUAAACCAGCAGAGUGCUCAGACUUUUCCGUGCCAUCUGCAGAGGGAACACCAAUACAAGGCAGCAAGCUUCGACUUCCGGGGUAUUUAUCAGGGAAAGGCUUCCACUCUGGGGAAGACAGUGGCUUGAUAACAACUGCAGCCGCCAGAGUCCGAACACAGUUUGCUGAUCCCAAGAAGACUCCCAGCCGACCAGGAAGCCGAGCCGGAAGCAAGGCUGGCAGCAGGGCCGGCAGCAGGGCCAGCAGCCGCCGAGGCAGUGAUGCAUCAGACUUUGACAUUUCAGAAAUCCAGUCCGUGUGCUCAGAUGUGGAGACUGUCCCUCAAACACACAGACCUACGCCCCGAGCAGGUUCUCGGCCAUCCACAGCCAAGCCUUCAAAAAUCCCCACACCCCAGAGGAAAUCUCCUGCCAGCAAAUUGGACAAAUCCUCAAAGAGAUAGUGCAAUGGGUUCCACCAAGGCCCUUCCUUGAGCAUUUAUUAUUUAAGUUUGAAAGAUGUAAAAUAUGUAGAAAUUAUUGUGAAAUAUUGCAAGAAGUGAGUUUAAAAUUCUGCAGAUGGCCUUAUUUGUGUAUUUGUCUUUUUAUUUUAUCUGUAUAAUUUUUUUUGUCAGACAUUAUGGGGUUAAAGUCACAUCAUAUGUGAGGGGAAGAUAGAGUUUAACAUGCACUAACAUUUCUGCACUGUAAUGUGUGGAGCACACACUAAAAGCAAUUCCUGUACCUACAGGUAAGUCUACAUCCUCUCUGACGGCUGAAGCACUACAUCAGUAACUAAUAUUAAGGAUACCUCAUGACAUUUUCUUCCUUUCUUGGAAACUCUGAAAUGCCGAAAGACACACACAAGGGAUGUAUUUUGAGAUGAUUUAAAUGUAAACUAAAAGAUGAUGGAGGGCAGAAAGACAAGUGUAUCACGCAGUUUUUGUUAAGCAGUAUCAGACAGAGAACUCAUGGGAACUUACUUUAAGCCCUUGCCAGUGCUAUGGUAUUCAAGGACCUGGCAGCAUUUCUGUGCCAUUGUUUCACAGGAGGCCAGAGGUGUUCUGGAUAUUAGGCCUAUUAUACUGUAAGACUAUAAUUAUAAAGUGCAUUCAUAUAAAUGUGAGGUUUUCUUUUGCUUGAGUGGACAGUAGCACCUGUAUCAUUGAACUCAUUUUGUAUCAGAGCAAUUUUGCUUGCAGAAAGCUAUGAAAUAAAACAUGUCCCUUAACUACAUUGCUAUGGAAUUAAUUUUUUUCCCCAGGGAAAAUCAGUGUAUUUUUUUAUGAGCAAUAUCAAUUUGGAGUGACCAAAAGAUACUUAAAAAUGGGUUUAUUUUGAUUUCUCAUCUGAAAUAAUCAUGUUCUGGUAUUAUAUCUAUAUUUAAUAAAUAUAUACAUUUUAACUUAUUAUGUAUACUCACUAUAGAAAGAUAUUAGUAUGCAUUUAAUAAAACAUAUUCACUUGAA